AUGAGGGAGUCAAGUGUGCCGUAUGUGAUUUUGGGGAAUGAAGGGAAGCUACCUGUGAAGGGUGAGGGGGAAUUGGUGCUGCAAGGGCAGUAUGGGGAAUUGAAGCUGGAGAAUGUGCUGUAUGUGGAUGGAUUGGCCUUGAACCUGAUCAGCCAAUCACAGUUGGACAGCACCGGGUGCAAGAAUUUCAGUGACAAAGGGAAGAUGUGGGUGUUUGACCAUGCAUGGAAUGUGAUUGCUAAGGGAAUGAGGAAUGAUGGAUUGUAUGAGAUGAAACUGAAUGAGAAGGUCUUGGUUGCUGAGAAGGCUACCUACCAGCCACCACCGAAGGAAGGAGUGAUGGCAAGGGAGGAGUUGAAGGCGAAGCUGAAAGGAGUGCCCGUCGAGGAGCUGCAGGUGGAAGCUGUUGCAAUGGUGGCAGCAGCUGCAAAAGUGGAUCUAGAGACCCUGCAUAGGCGUUUAGGGCAUGCGGGGAUGGAGCGGAUCAAGGAGCUUGUGAAGAAGGGCAUGGCAGCCGGUGUGGAGCUGAAAGAAGGAGAUGGGAGCUGGGUGAUUAAAGACGUGGAGAAGGGGAAGACAGCAGUGACCAGGGAUGCCAUCUUCUAUGAAGAUGUCAAUUAUCUCCAGUGGAAGGGGGUAAACCAGGAGAUAGCAACGGGAGCAGCAACUGCGCUUGAUAAGGUGGAGAAGCUGCUUGUGGAGAAGGAGAACGAGGGGAUAGGGAGUGAUGAGGAGGACACAGGAGGUGGUGCGGAUAAACCUAUCAAGGAACCUAUAUUUUCGGAGCCAGCGAAGAAAAGGGUUGUAGAGGCGGUAGCAGAUGUGGAGGAAGAAGGGCGCCAUGAAGGAGAGCUUGGAGAGACGUGUGCCGAGGAGGAAACUCAGAGUGUGGAGGAUGUGGAGAACAGUGAUGGGUCAGCAAAGGAGGAUGGGAGUAGCCCAUGGAAGCUGAUCGAUAGUGACGCUACUUGUGAAGCUGCUAAGGAGAUAAAUGAGCUGCUGGAGGAUGGAGCCAUAGUGAUAGGAAAGGAACGAGGGCUUGACGAGAUAUACGCAGCGACAAAGGAAGUGCGUAAGGACGUGACACCGGCUGAGGAGUUGGGGCGCGGUCUGAGGGUCAAGAAGAAACCAGCUAAGUUUGUUUCACUGGUUAUGACACCUUGGAAGGAUGUGAGGACCCAUCUGCUCUUGGCUGCAACUGCAACGGCGCUAGUGUCACAGGGGAGUUUGGAGAAGUGA